CUCCCUCCCUCCUCCUCUCAUCUGUCUCUCCAAGUAGUCUUGUCCUCUGAGCGCUGCUGCUGCUGCUGCUGUGUGUCUCACCGCGUCGUGUCUCCGCUGCUUGUCCGGAUCAUGGAGCUCGCGACGCGCUGCUUGUUGCUGCUCGCGAGCCUCGGCGCGGCUUCCACGGCCAGCGACUGGGACGCGGCGGCGGAGCCGAGCUACUACGACGAAGCGAUGAUGAGUUCUCCAGAAGCGAUCGACUACAAAGACCCGUGCAAAGCCGUGGCCUAUCUGGGGGACAUAGCGCUGGACGAAGAGGACAUGCGAAUGUUUAAAGUGGACCGCAUUGUGGAUGCCGUCCAGAAAACGGUGAUAAACCUCAACCGCACAGACACGGCAGGUGUGUUAGCCAAUGACACGAGCCCGAAUGCUGCCAGGUCCAAUCAGCGGUCCUCGCAGCGCAGGAAGAGGGCGGCGACGUCCCGCCCUGAGAGGGUGUGGCCCGAGGGUGUCAUCCCUUAUGUCAUAAGUGGCAACUUUAGUGGUAGUCAAAGGGCCAUAUUCAGGCAGGCUAUGAGACACUGGGAGAAACACACAUGUGUGACGUUCAUCGAGAGAACUACAGAGGACAGCUACAUUGUCUUCACCUACCGGCCGUGUGGGUGUUGCUCAUAUGUGGGCCGCAGGGGAGGAGGACCCCAGGCCAUUUCCAUUGGUAAAAACUGCGACAAGUUUGGAAUCGUGGUGCAUGAGCUCGGUCAUGUGAUUGGAUUCUGGCACGAGCACACGCGGCCGGACCGAGAUGACCACGUCAGCAUUAUACGGGACAACAUCCAGCCUGGACAGGAGUACAACUUCUUGAAGAUGGAGCCCGGUGAAGUGGACUCUCUAGGGGAAGUCUAUGACUUUGACAGCAUCAUGCACUACGCCAGAAAUACAUUUUCCAGAGGGAUUUUCCUGGACACCAUUCUACCACGAUAUGACAUAAACGGCGUCCGUCCCCCCAUUGGCCAGAGAACCAGGCUGAGCAAAGGAGACAUCGCACAGGCACGCAAACUUUACAAGUGUCCAAGAUGUGGAGACAGUCUGCAGGACAGCAGUGGGAACUUCUCCUCUCCCGGUUUCCCCAACGGCUACUCAGCGUAUAUGCACUGCAUCUGGAGAAUCUCAGUCACGCCCGGAGAAAAGAUCAUUCUCAAUUUCACCUCCAUGGAUCUAUAUCGGAGUCAUCUGUGCUGGUAUGAUCACGUGGAGAUCAGAGAUGGAUACUGGAGGAAAGCCCCACUCAAAGGUCGAUUCUGUGGAGACAAGCUUCCUGAGCCGAUCAUUUCGACAGACAGUCGUUUGUGGAUCGAGUUCAGGAGCAGUAGUAACUGGGUGGGCAAAGGCUUCUCAGCUGUGUAUGAAGCUAUCUGUGGUGGUGAAGUGAAGAAGGAUAAUGGGCAGAUCCAGUCUCCUAACUACCCAGAUGACUACAGACCCAAUAAAGUCUGUGUGUGGAAGAUCACUGUUGCUCAGGGCUACCAUGUAGGCCUCACCUUCCAGUCCUUCGAAAUUGAGAGGCACGACAGCUGUGCUUAUGACUACCUAGAGGUUCGUGAUGGCAACUCGGAAAACAGCCCACUUCUGGGCCGCUUCUGUGGAUACGACAAGCCGGAUGAUAUCAAGAGCAGCUCGAACCAGCUGUGGAUGAAGUUUGUGUCAGAUGGCUCAGUCAACAAAGCUGGAUUCGCUGCCAACUUCUUCAAAGAGAUGGACGAAUGUUCAAGGCCAGACAACGGUCGCUGUGAGCAACGCUGUGUAAACACACUAGGCAGUUAUAAGUGUGCGUGUGAUCCAGGCUUUGAGCUGGCCGCAGACAAACGAAGCUGUGAGGCUGCAUGCGGUGGCUUCAUCACCAAGCUGAACGGCUCCAUCACGAGUCCCGGCUGGCCACGCGAGUACCCGCCAAACAAGAACUGCGUCUGGCAGCUGGUGGCACCCACACAGUAUCGCAUCACGCUGCUCUUCGACGUCUUCGAGACCGAGGGCAAUGAUGUGUGCAAGUACGACUUUGUAGAGGUCAGAAGUGGACUUUCUGCAGACUCCAGGCUACACGGGAAGUUCUGUGGAGCAGAGAAACCAGAGACCAUCACAUCUCAGUACAACAACAUGCGCAUUGAGUUCAAAUCAGACAACACUGUCUCCAAGAAGGGCUUCAAGGCCCAGUUCUUCUCAGAUAAGGACGAGUGCUCGAAGGAGAACGGUGGCUGCCAGCACGAGUGUGUGAACACCUUCGGUAGCUACAGCUGCCAAUGCAGGAGUGGCUUUGUCCUGCAUGAAAAUAAACACGACUGCAAAGAAGCCGGCUGUGAUCACACGGUGAACAGUGUGAGUGGAACCAUCACCAGUCCCAACUGGCCUGAUAAAUACCCCAGUAAGAAAGCGUGCACAUGGGCUCUCUCCACCACACCAGGACAUCGCAUCAAAAUCGCUUUCAAUGAAAUCGACAUGGAGCCUCAUUUAGAGUGUGCGUACGACCACAUUGAGAUCUACGAUGGGCGUGAUGGGAAGGCACCCAGCCUCGGACGCUACUGCGGCUCCAAGAAACCUCCUCCAGUCACAUCGACCGGGAACAAGAUGUUCGUUCGCUUCUUCUCCGACAACUCCGUGCAGAAGAAAGGAUUCGAGGCCUCGCAUACUGCAGAGUGUGGAGGUCACUUGAAAGCUGAAGUGAAAACCAAAGACCUCUACUCACACGCCCAGUUUGGGGACAACAACUACCCCGGUGCGUCAGACUGCCAGUGGGUGGUCUCAGCUGAGAAGGGCUACGGUGUGGAGCUCAUCUUCCAGACGUUUGAGAUUGAAGAGGAAGCCGACUGCGGUUACGACUACAUGGAGCUGUAUGACGGAGCCGACAUCAAGGCCCCGAGGCUCGGCCGUUACUGCGGAUCUGGGCCUCCUGAGGAGAUCUACUCGGCCGGCGACUCCAUCGUCAUUAAGUUCCGAUCAGACGACACCAUCAACAAGAAGGGCUUCCACGUGCGCUACACCAGCACCAAGUUCCAGGACACGCUGCACUCACGGAAAAAGUGACCCCUAGUGGCCGGGAGGGGCCGUGCAGGGCCCAGGGGGAGGAAUCGAGGCGCCAGGCGGAGGGCGCAGCCCGUCGCUCGGAGCCCCCCGGCCGCCAAUGCCAGCCGCAAGAACGAUGCCAACCGCACCUCAGUAGCUCGCAGGGGCUCUGGCGCCCCCUACUGACUGUGAGGAGUAAAGCCAUUCCGCAGUAGACCUUGUUUUUACCUUUUUUAUGAUUAUGAUUAAUGAUUGGGGGGCGGAGUUUGGGGUAGGAAGAGGGGACUAUAUUUGGAUUAGAGGAAUAUUUGGGGUAUAAAGUGGGGCCAUCAUGGAUGGGGGGGAAUGAAUAGAGGAGUGUAGAUGAUCAGUAUAUGAUCACCCUUGGAUUCUGUUUUUUUUUUUUUGUUUUUUUUUUUUUAAUGAGCCGAAAUGCAAUUGCAACAAACACACAAAUACUUACGUACACAUGCACGCACACACAGACACACACACAGAGGGCCCGCAGGAUCUCAAGCAGGAUGAUGGAGCAUUCAGAUCUCAUCGAGCCAGACAGCAACACCACAAAUGGAGAAAGAAAGGAUUGAUGGAAGGAAGAAUUAAAGGGUGGAUUUCUUUUUUUUUUUUUUUCCCAGGGCAUUAUGGGAGACCUCCAUCUUUUUCACACACACACAGUUGUGCCCGGCUGGUUUCAAAUCCACUACUUGAGUUACUGACACUGUUUGUCAGACAGAUGCAUGUAACAACAGGAAAAAAAAACAGCAAACGGGCCAUUUUAUGUGACUGCACAAGCCUUUGUAAUAUUUCUUUUUUUUCCUGGCUAGUCAUCCAGGAAGCUUCCUUCCAUAUUAGCGUUAUCGAGGAAAGUUUUAAAAAAAAAAAAAAAAAAAAAAAAAAGACACAGUUAUCGUAUUAAAAUAUUAAUAAAUGAAAUGUGGCCCAUGUCUGUUGGCUGUUAAUUGCUUUUCCAUAAAAAUGUGCAAAAAUGUGAUUAUUUUGACGUUAAAUACACAAUCUUUUUAGGCUUCUGUUAAUGUGUCUCUGUCCCCAAAUCAUGCUAGUAAUUCAAUAUGCUGUGGGUGCUUUUAUAUCAAGAGCAAAUUAUAUUUCUCAAAUGAGAUUCAGUGCAAAUAAUUUAUUUCAUCUGUUGAAAUUACAUGGUACUCAUGUCUCUCUCCUUCAUUGCCUUCAACAUUACAUGGUUCUCCAUCUUUAUUUCCUAGAAAAUAUGCUGUACACUCUCUUAAAUGUAUUUUUUAAAGCCUUAGUGCUUCCCAUUAACUUUCUCAAUUUGCCUGUUCUAUACCUUCCAUCACUUUUUUGAUAUAAUUCAGUAAUAUGUAACACGCAUGGUUUAACUUACCCCUGAACAUCGUUGUUUUUUUAAUGUCUAAUUCCUCUUGGCUGUCUUUUCUGAUUAUAUGGAUUGUUGUUUGGGGCAAAUGAAUUAGCACAGUGCUAAAUUCACUAUUUUUCCUUUUAAAAAUCUGUCAGUGCUUUUGUAAAAUACUGAUUUGGCAAGUAUUAUGUAUGAGCUCAGUUUGUGAAUAUCACUAAGUAAUUAUAAUAAGUAGAAGAUGACACAGGAAAUGCUAGCUACAGAACCUGCAUGCAAAACUAGCCAGCUAGCUACCUUUGCUAAUGUUACUGAUAUAUUUUGGCAAAUAUUUUUUAUAUUUGGCUACUGUUAAAUGAAUCUUUGGGAGUAUGACCAUGUAAAUCAAUUUACUGAAACUAGAUCUCACUCUUGUCUACCAGAGGCAAAUGAAAGCUAGCUUUAUACCAGUUAACUAGCCAGUUAGCUACUUUAGCUAAAGUUACUGAUAUUUUUGUCAGGUUUGGCUUCUGUUAAAUAAAUCUGUGAGGAUAUGACCAUGUGAAUCAAGACUCAGAUACUCAAACUUGAUCGUAUUCAUGUGUCUACCUGAGACAAAUGUGAGCUAGCUGUCUAGCUCCAGCCAGCUAGCUAACUUAGCCAAUGUUACUGAUAUAUUUUGGUGUUUUUGGCUACUGUUAAGUUCAUCUUUUUUUGAGUGUGACCAUGUAACUCAAGAUUCAGAUACUGAAACUAAUCUGAUCUACUGAUCUCACUCUUCUCUCAUAGCUUUCUAGCAAAUAACCAGCUAGCUAACUCUGCUAAUGUUAUUGAAAUGACAGUGUAAAUCAAGACACUGAAACUUGCUAUCACUUGUGUCUACCUGAGGCAAAUGUUUGCUAGUUUUCUAGCAGUUGACUAGUUGGCUAGCUACAUUAGCUAAUGUUCCUGACAUUUUGACAGGUUAGCCUACAGUUAUAUCUGUGAGAAUAUGACUCAUGUAAAUCUGAAUAUGAAUAUGUAAAUCAAGACCCAGAUACUGAAACUUGAUCUCACUUAUGUGUCUACCUGAGUCAAAUGUGAGCUAGUCUUCUAGCUGUUAACUAGCCAGCUAGCUAACUUAACUAAUGUUGCUAAAAAGUUUGGCUACUGUUAAAUACAUUUGUGAGCAUAUGACCAUGUAAAUCAAGACUCAGAUACUGAAACUUGAUCUCACUGGUGCGUCUACCUUAGACAAAUGUGAGCUCGUUUUCUAGCAGUAUUAACUAGCCAUCUAUGUAACUCAGCUAAUGUUGCUCAUGUAUUUUGGUAGGUUUGGUUCCUGUUAAAUUAAUUAAAUUAAUCUUUUUUGAGUAUGACGAUGUAAAUCAAGACUCAGAUACUGAAAAUUGAUCUCACUCGUGUGUCUACCUGAGACAAGAGUGAGCUAAUUUUCUUAGGGUUAACUAGCCAGCUAGCAGGAGGACAUGAAGGCUAGAGGUUUACAGAUGUUUGAAGCCAUUUUUCGCUGUUUCCUGAGCAUUCAAAACACAUUAAACAAUGUAUUAUUCUAUAUAGCUGUUCGGGGGUACUUUAAAUGUAUGUGGUGAAGCUGAGCUGGAUUCAGAUAGAUGGUUAGAGCGUAUAAAGUGUGAAACAGCUCCACUGAUGUGAAUUAAGGUGUGGAUAUAAGAGUUACAGGAGUUUUGCCUCCUACAAGUCCUCAGUUGCCUUUUAAGCGUUUUUUUUUUUGUUUGUUUGUUUGUUUUUGUUUUCUUUUUUUUUUUUCUUUUUUUUUUUAUAAUACCUCAGGCUUCGGAUAUUAUUGUUAUUUUUUUUAAACUGGUCUAGGCCCAGCUUUUGUCCAACAACUAACAUGUAUCAACUUGGACCAACGUAGUACCUCUGAAGAAGAGCAAGGCUGAGUGGUGCUUCUGCAAAAAUGAGCCUAAUCAGUUUUAUGGACUUAGCGCUUGGUGUAUGUUGUUUCCAUAUUUCGAGAUAUAUAUCCUUGAGCAACAAAUGUUUUCAAUUUAAAUGGUACAGUAGUAAGUCGAUUUAUUGAUAUUUAAAAGCAUUAUAUCUAGCUCAGUAUGAUUUAUAUGGUUCUAAGAUACACAGCAUAUUAAGUGUUACUGAGGGCAGUUGGCAAGCGUUUAAAGACUCAGUCCUUGUUGCUUCCCCGCUUUGCAGUAUUGAUUCAUAUGUCAGGCAGUUACUACAAAAUGUAGCUUGCCAUCCUCCAAUAAUGGUACAGGUGUACCAACUGUUCUUUCCUUCUCUCACUCAUUCCAAUCUUGUGUUUUCCAGUCAUCCAAUCUCAGUGUAAUUUGUCCGAGCCCUUUUCAGGGGCAGAAGCUGAUUACAAGGCCUGUCAGGCUGGUGAAGGUGUGUAUGUGUGUGCACUUGUGUGUGAGAAGGUACACAGACCUUGCCUAAUUGGUCUGGAGCGUGCCAGCCUGAGACUGAGCCUCCCUCUGAAUUAUUUACCAGCCAUCACCUGAUUUUUCCUCCUGCAGAAAUCCUUUAGAAGGCACCUGGCAAAUGUACUUUCAUCUCAUGCUAUGAUCUUAUUUCGCUCCGUGUCUGUCUGUCACAUCUUCCGAACUCUUUGAGUCUCAGGUUCAGGCUGUAUUCUUCCUCUGACUCACUUUGGGACCUGCUUAAUUCCAUUUACUUGACAGUCACCCCUUGGGCGAACUGGUACAUCGGUUGAGGUGGUGAACAUCUUUUCAAAAGAAAAGUCAUAUAGUAUGAAUAGCAAUGACAAAAAGGAAAUUUAAUAAAAGUGCUACUUCCCUCACCUUGUAUACAGACAGUUCUGAUCACUGCUUUUAUACCGAUGCGACGUUGGUUCCCUGAACGUCAAGCAACAGUCUGAUGCACACUGACUUACCAAAUCUGUUGAAGUUUUCACCAUGAUGCAUUUGUAUUAAAUGUUUUAUUCUAGUUAGCUUUUUGGUUUUAGUGGUGGAACACUUCUGCUAAUGCCCACCAUAACAUUGUGGCUUCAGUAGAAUUUAUAAUUUGCCACGAAUAGUGUUUCUAAUGUCUCUUGAUUUGUAGAUAAUUCAUAAUCUUGUGCAAACAGAUGUGUUGUAGCGAGUACCUAAUCCAACGUGGACGAAUAAGCUACAUGGCUCAGAUCUGUCUACUUUAACACAUGUACGGUUGAUCUAGAUGCCCUAAUUGAUCAACAUCACUUAUCAAAUAUGGGAUAUGUUUAUGCCUUUCAUUAUAUGUAUGUAUGUAAAUAUGUUUGAUUGUUGUAUUCAGAGUACACUAAACCAUAAUAACCUGUUGAGAAAUAAGGCUUUGUGUAAUUGCACACACAUGAUGCAAUUUAUUUAUAUUGUAUAGCUGAUUAUGGCUGAUGUAUUUGCACAUAGUAUUAACAAGUGCAUCUAUUUCAUAAAGUGUUAUUUUCAUUUCAUUAAAUGCCUCAUUACAUUUUCUUGA